GAGCCACACUCCUGAGAUUGUCCAUUGGAAGGUGAAAAUGAGAGUGUUGACAAUCUUCAUCCUCUUGGCCACAUGCCUCUUUCACGGCUCUCAAUGUGUGCAGGUUACGGACAGUGGAUACAGCUUCUCUCUAGAGGCAGUGAAGACCCUGAAAAAGCUUCUGGAGUCUGACAUGAGCAGAAACACUCAUCAGACCUACAGCGAUUCAACAUCCCUAUGUGCCGACCCUGAACUGCCAGGGGAGUUGACAGUGAUGUGUGACAAAGAGGAUGCAGACACAAUCUUCAAAAAUCUGGUUAAAAUCAUCACUCCUGCAGACCCCUGUGAGAUCUGUGCCAAUGCGGCCUGCACCGGUUGUGUCUGAGUAGAGAAAUCAUCCUGCACAUAGAGUCCACAAGUUCACGUCGACAUGAAUGCCAUUAAUUAUAUUCCAAACAUGUAUGAUUGUCACUCCACAUAAUGAAGGACCCUAAAGAUUAAGCUUUAAAUGUAUUUACCUCUGUUUUAUUAUUGGGUGUAGUCAGUGGCGGAUUUAGGCAUGGGUAGACAUGGGCAGCACCCCACCAUCUAAUUUCCAACCACCCACACUUUACUUGGAGAAACUGAAUAGUACAUUGAAUGGAGAGACUGCCCCCUAGUGAAUCUGAAUGCAUUAUUUGUAUACAGAAUAUUCCUGAUAAUUACAUAUGUAUAUGCAUUCACAAUUAAAAAGUAUGAC